CAUGCUUGGGUUCCCUUCCAUGUUGUGAAAGCUUUGUUCUUUUGCUCUUUGUAACAAAUCUUGAUGCUGCUGUUUGGGCCCGUGCUGUCUUUAUGAACUGUAACACCCAUCACAAAGGUCUGCAGCUUCACUCCUGAAGUCAGCGAGACCACGAACCCACCAGAAGAAACAAACUCCGGACACAUCUGAACAUCUGAAGGAACAGACUCUGGACACACCAUCUUUAAGAACUGUAACACUCACCACGAGGGUCCAUGGCUUCAUUUUUGAAGUUAGCGAGACCAAAAACCCACCAAUUCCGGACACAGUAGCACAGAGGCUGUGGGUGGUUUGACUAGAGCAGGCCCUAGGAAUGGUGGGACACAGAAGCCUUGAUUCAGGGGUUUGAGAAGUGGGAAGUGAAAAACUAGAGACUAAGAGUGCAGACAAUUUUUUUAAGCCACUUGGUUCUGAAGGGAAGAAAAGAGUGUGGAAGAGGAUUUGGGACAAGGCAGGAUUUGUCUUAUGAUAAGGAAUCCAUCAGAGAGGGAAAAAUUGAAGUCUGAGAAGAAUGAUUGUUCCAAGUCCGCACUUUGAGAACCGUUGUCCUAGAGAAAACGGAAUACUCCAGGAAGGUUCUGGAAGAAUAGGUUCUGUCAUAUGUUGAAGAAUCCAUACACCAUUAAGAAACAGCCUCUGCAUCAGUUUGUACAAAGACCACUUUUCCCACUACCUGCAGCCUUUUAUAACCCAGUGAGAUACAUGUUUAUUCAAACACAAGAUACCCCAAAUCCAAACAGCUUAAAGUUUGUACCAGGAAAACCAGUUCUUGAGACAAGGACCAUGGAUUUUCCCACCCCAGCUGCAGCAUUUCGCUCCCCUCUGGCUAGGCAGUUAUUUAGGAUUGAAGGAGUAAAAAGUGUCUUCUUUGGACCAGAUUUCAUCACUGUCACAAAGGAAAAUGAAGAAUUAGACUGGAAUUUACUGAAACCAGAUAUUUAUGCAACAAUCAUGGACUUCUUUGCAUCUGGCUUACCCCUGGUUACUGAGGAAACGCCUUCAGGAGAAGCAGGAUCUGAAGAAGAUGAUGAAGUUGUGGCAAUGAUUAAGGAAUUGUUAGAUACUAGAAUACGGCCAACUGUGCAGGAAGAUGGAGGGGAUGUAAUCUACAAAGGCUUUGAAGAUGGCAUUGUACAGCUGAAACUCCAGGGUUCUUGUACCAGCUGCCCUAGUUCAAUCAUUACUCUGAAAAAUGGAAUUCAGAACAUGCUGCAGUUUUAUAUUCCGGAGGUAGAAGGCGUAGAACAGGUUAUGGAUGAUGAAUCAGAUGAAAAAGAAGCAAACUCACCUUAAAAUAAUCUGGAUUUUCUUUGGGCAUAACAGUCAGACUUGUUGAUUAUAUAUAUCAAGUUUUUAUUAUUAAUAUGCUGAGGAACUUGAAGAUUAAUAAAAUAUGCUCUUCAGAGGAUAUAUAAA